ACGGCGCGACGCAGUGCCGCAGUAUCCGCGGGUCCCGAAAUACUUACGGUCCGCUCCGGUUCGCGUCUGUUAUGUGCGUAAAUCGUCCGCACCGCCACCACCACCACCAGCAUCACUCUGCCAUCGGGGACACGUUUGGAACAUGUGGUCGAGAUGCGUCCUGAUACUUGGGAUAUGUUACUUAACCGUAAAAGCUGGUGUUGCAGUUCGUCAGACUGAAAACGGUUACUCACAAGCGUACGACUUCACCGGUAGGCAACAAUAUUAUAUAAAUCGACCACCUAGACAAACCACACGAGAUUCUUUCCAUUUUCCUACGUCCGAUAAUCAUAAUGAUGGUCAAGCCGAGUACAGUGACAUCACCUACCCAGAAGGUAGGCACGUUAAAUCGGGCAGACGUGCCAAGCUACCGUCAGAGUUCCAAGAAACUGUACCCGGGGAACAGACUGAAUAUCCGCCCGUCCCGGUCGGGUCGGAAGAAGCUAGAUAUUUAUCACCACAAGCCAUAGCCAAAAUUUCGGAAACCCUUGGCGCUAUCAACACCGUGGGUAGGUAUCUGGUUAAUUACACGAGGGGAACAACAGACGAUAGGCUUGACAGUCCGCAGAAUAAUCCAGUAAAUGUAGGAGAAGGUUUGCAGAAACAAGGUGACCUACCAUCGGCCAUAUUCACCAUCAGUAAGAACGUGCUCGGUCGAAACGUGACUGACAUGGUAGUUAAGCCUCUUGUGAGCCUGGGCUCUGGCAAAGUGGUGUCGCAGGACAAUAGACCGUGCUCCACGCCGGACGGUGCUCAGGGCAACUGCGAAGACCUUAGUAACUGUCCGCAGCUGUUGCUCAACUUAGGUCAUCUUAGACAAUCGAUAUGCUUUAAGAAUCUAUUUGUGCCAGGCGUGUGCUGCCCGAAAAAGACAUCCGAACAACAAUUGGCACCGGAGAAACCUUCGAAACCCGACCACUACAUAGUGACACAAUCCACGGUCACUAGACCACUGGCCAUCAACACCCGACCACCAUCAGCCACCAGACCACCGCCGGCCAAUAUCAUCACGAUGUCUACUAAAGCGCCGUUGCAGCUUGCGACUAAACCAACAAUAAGCUCGUUGGUGACGUCCAAUUCCAUUGAAGAAGACUGCGGACGACCGGAAGUACCGAAAUUCCGGGUGGUCGGAGGAGACGAGGCGUUGCCUGGUCGAUGGCCUUGGAUGGCCGCUAUAUUCUUGCAUGGUCCACGGAGAACGGAGUUUUGGUGCGGAGGGUCGCUAAUCGGGCCCAGACACAUCCUGACGGCCGCGCAUUGCACCAGAGACAACAGACAAAUGCCUUUUAACGCCAGACAGUUUACCGUGAGACUCGGUGACGUGGACCUGCGCAGAGACGACGAGCCCUCGUCCCCCGAAACAUAUUACGUGACCGAGGUGCGCGGACAUCACAAAUUCUCCCGGGUGGGCUUCUACAACGACAUCGCGAUACUCGUGCUAGACAGACCAGUGAAACGGAGUAAGUACGUUAUACCGCUGUGUUUGCCGCCAAAAACUUCCAAGUCGGACACGUUCGUCGGCCAGAGUCCAACGGUGGUCGGAUGGGGCACCACAUACUACGGCGGUAAAGAGAGCACGGUACAGAGACAAGUGGAUCUGCCCGUGUGGAACAACAACGACUGCGACCGCACCUACUUUCAACCAAUCAAUGAAGAUUUCAUUUGCGCGGGGUUGAAAGAAGGAGGGAAAGACGCGUGUCAGGGAGAUUCCGGCGGUCCGCUAAUGCUUAGAAAAGACGGCCGGUGGAUGCAAAUCGGUAUCGUGUCGUUCGGAAAUAAAUGUGGAGAACCGGGAUAUCCGGGCGUCUACACCAGAGUCACUCGAUAUUUAGAUUGGAUUAACGAUAACAUGAAUUAAAUUAUUAAUUAAGAGUACUACAUAAAAAAAAAAAAA